CUAGCGUACCGAGCUAACUCAUUUCGUAUGCUACUGGAAGACAUGGGGGCUGUGUUUCACAGCCAUUACUGACAGCGGUACAGCUGAGCGUCCACUUGUAAAAAGAAGUAAAACGGAGACCCACUUUUUUAUAUUAAGCUGCAAGGUCGAGCCUGAACAUGGAGUCCAUGCUGAACAAACUGAAAAGCACUGUCACUAAGGUGACAGCAGAUGUCACCAGCGCCGUCAUGGGUAACCCAGUGACACGGGAGUUUGAGGUCGGACGACACAUUGCAAGUGGAGGUCCCGGCUUGAGCUGGAGGAUCUAUAAUGGCACCAAGAAGUCUACCAAACAGGAAGUAGCAGUUUUUGUUUUUGACAAGAAAAUGAUUGAUAAGUAUCAGAAAUUUGAAAAGGACCAAAUUAUCGAUUCACUGAAAAAAGGGGUGCAACAGCUGACCAGACUGCGUCACCCCCGUCUCCUGACUGUUCAGCAUCCCUUGGAAGAGUCACGAGACUGCUUGGCAUUCUGUACAGAGCCAGUGUUUGCCAGUCUGUCCAAUGUGCUUGGCCAGUGGGACAACCUGCCAAGCCCUGUGCCCAACGACAUCAAGGAGUACAAACUCUAUGAUGUGGAAACCAAGUAUGGCUUGCUACAGAUCUCGGAGGGGUUGUCCUUUCUCCACAGCGGAGUGAAAAUGGUUCAUGGAAAUCUGUGUCCAGAGAACAUCAUCCUCAACAAGAGCGGCGCGUGGAAGAUAAUGGGUUUUGACUUCAGCAUCUCCUCUAACAACCCUUCAGAUUCUGAGCCCAAGUACACAUGUAAAGAGUGGGAGCCCAACCUUCCUCCACUCUGCCUCCCCAACCCAGAGUACCUGGCCCCUGAGUAUAUACUGUCAGUUAGCUGUGACUCUGCCUCUGACAUGUACUCUCUGGGCGUUGUCAUGCAUGCUGUCUUCAAUGAGGGGAAGCCUGUUUUCCAAGUCAACAAGCAUGACAUUUUUAAGAGUUUCAGCAGGCAGCUGGACCAGCUGAGCAGCAUGAGUCCAGCGCUGCUGAGCAAGAUCCCAGAGGAGGUGCGGGAGCACGUCAAAAUGCUGCUCAGCGUCACACCUAAUGUCCGGCCUGAUGCCGACCAGAUGACUAAGAUUCCUUUUUUUGAUGAUGUUGGUGCAGUCACUCUGCAGUACUUUGAUUCCCUCUUCCAGAGGGACAACCUACAGAAGUCCCAGUUCUACAAAGGCCUCCCUAAAGUCCUGCCUAAACUACCAAAGAGAGUGGUCGUAUAUCGCAUCUUGCCAGCGUUGACCUCUGAAUUCGUCAACCCGGACAUGGUUCCCUUUGUGCUCCCCAAUGUGCUACUGAUUGCUGAAGAGUGCACCAAGGAGGAGUACGUUCGCCUCAUCUUGCCUGACCUCACGCCUGUUUUCAAGCAGCAAGAGCCCAUUCAGGCUAGCAAUAUGAUCCUGCUGAUAUUCUUGCAAAAGAUGGACCUGCUGCUGACUAAAACGCCACCGGAUGAUAUAAAAAACAGUGUCCUGCCCAUGGUCUACAGAGCUCUGGAAGCUCCUUCAGUACAGAUCCAGGAGCUGUGCCUCAACAUCAUCCCAACAUUUGCAAACCUGAUAGACUACCCAUCUAUGAAGAAUUCUCUUAUCCCUCGGAUCAAAUCAGCCUGCCUACAGACUUCCUCACUUGCUGUGCGAGUGAACUCUCUGGUGUGCCUGGGGAAGAUUUUGGAAUAUCUAGACAAGUGGUUUGUCAUUGAUGAGAUCCUGCCCUUCCUGCAACAGAUCCCCUCUAGAGAACCAGCAGUACUCAUGGGCAUUUUAGGGAUCUAUAAAUGUACAUUCAGCCACAAGAAGCUUGGUAUCCCCAAAGAGCAUCUUGCUACCAAGAGUUUGCCCCAUCUCGUCUCCCUUAGUAUAGACAACAACCUCAAUCUGAACCAGUUUAACUCUUUCAUGGUGGUUAUCCGUGAAAUGCUGAGCCGCAUGGAGACUGAACACAAGACCAAGCUGGAGCAGCUGCACAUCAUGCAAGAGCAGCAGAGGAGCAUGACCAUAUCAAAUCCAGUCAACCAAGCAGAGGAGAGCAAGAGCCCACCUAGUUCUGGCAACCAGAUUGAUGAUAUCUUUGGUGGCACAGGGGUUAAUGGGAAAGAGAAUGGCUCUGCAGCAGCAGCAGCAAUCUCACAGCCUAACAGAGUAUCUCUCACGCUAGAAGAGAAGCAACGAUUGGCUAAGGAGCAAGAACAGGCAGCCAAACUGAGGAACCAGCAGCCGUUAGCGCCACAGGCGAUCAAACCAGCCACUGCCACUUCUAAUUCACAGACUAAGGAUCUGACCAGCAGCCUACUCAACAAUAUGACAUCUCUAAACAGCCUGUCCUUGGCAAACACAGUACGACCACCCCCAGUGCAAGGAUCCACUGUGUCUGCAUUCCCCUCCUCUGGUCCAGUGGUCAGCUCCAUGGGAGCCCCAGUCUCAAAUGGCUUCAACUCAACAAUGGGCUUCCAGACAGGAGGCAUGGCCAUGGGCAUGCGACCCGCAGGUCCCAGCCUCUAUGGUGGAAUGGCCACCACCACCAGCACCCCAAAUUUUGGAUCCCUCACACAGAAUCAAGGAACAAGUGGACAGACAAAUAAACCUACCGAUAUGUCAGCCUUGGACAGUCUUUUUACACCCAACAAGCCCAAAGUCACCCUAAACCAGAUGGGUCCCAAGGCUCCACCUGGAACCAGCAGUCCUUGGCUCAGUCAGUUUAAUUCAGCUCAAAACGCUCAGACUCAGAUGCAGGGUGUGUCAGUUGGUAUGGGCGGGGUGCCCGGUGGGUUUGGGAUGCAAGCAAACCCUUUUUUCAGCCCGCAGAACUUUUCUCAACCUGCUGCUGCUGCUGCCUCUAGCAUGAACCCAAGUGGGAUAAAACAUAGUGCGUCUGUCAACAAUGAUCUAAAAGAUUUAUUUGGCUAAACAAGAAUUAAAAAGACUCCAGGUUAAGUAUAUUCUUUUAAUGACUGUGGACAGAAGAGGCUUGAAUUCUCACAGAACAGGCCGACUGAAUGUGAAGAUUUAAAGUCCUUAAAACGGUCUUGCUGUUGGCGUUUUUAAUUCAACCUGGUUUAGAUUCUGACUCUUGCUCACUUUCUGUUAGCAAAUUAACCUGCACCUGAAUUCCAUUUUUACUUGACCAGAAGGACAAAAUAUUGAGGUGAAAUUUCUUCUUCUAUACUGUGGUCUUUAAAUGCUGGGGGUUUCCUACUGUUUUUGUACUUGACAUUCUUGGGAGUCUAAAUGGGUUGACUUGAAUUCCAACUCAGAUUAUUCAGGAAGGGUUUGUGUUCAUAAUAUGAAUGAUCGCGUGGAUGGAAUGCAGUUCACUUCUUGAACAUGUGGCAUCAGAGUGAACACAACUGGCAGAAAAAGAUGAAAGAAAAAAGUGGUUACUGUGUUUCACAUCUGCUUAUUUUCAGGUUUCUGUAUUUUUAUCCUGUUUGGAAUGUUAUCAUAAAUGGCCAUUAUUGGUUGGUAUUACUCCUAUAACUGUUACUAGCAUGUGGUCACCUCACUACCUGCUCAGCAGGCAGUGCUACUCAACAGAAAAAUUAAGACCAUGACCACUACAGGGCUCUUACAUAAUUGAGGCUGGUUCUGUUUAUCUCUGAUUAUGGUAGUAGGGGGAUAAGAGUACCUACUGGCUGUAUUUAUAGGAGUGAUUACAACAUGUAAUGGCUAGUCAGUGGGCUGAUUACAUCCAUGCGACCUUUACUGCUUUAACUAGACUGUUUUUUUUUUUUUUGUUUUUUUUUGUUUUUUUAGGAUUUGCUGCAUGUCUAAAAUGAUCAGAGUUGGCUCAGAAACAGAUGACACAUACAACAAAAUGUAAUCUAAAUGUAGCCUGGAGUUUGGCCCUGAGAAGCUUGCGGUCUCUGAUCUGCAUCCAAGAGGCUUCUCUGUGGAGGCAGUCUGAAACAGAGUGUUGAAUUGCCAGCCCAACAGCUCCAGUUCAGACUGGGAAAACCAAGUAGCUCAUCUGUAGUCUGUUUCUCUGCAACCAUGUUAGAGUAAGCAGUUGUUUUUGACGGCCCAUUUAUCUUCUUUUCAAACAAGAUCAGUUUCUGUAAAUGCAGUAUGGAUGACUUACCUGUGUUGGUUGCGUGGAGUAACUGUUAAAGCAGUGCCCUUUUAAAAGGCGAAAGGCACUACAUAAAGAAGCAUAUGCACUGCUUUUGCAAUUGUGCCUUACAUGGGUACAUAUUUAAAUCUAGACAGCACUCAUCUGUUACUCAAGUAUUAAUGUUUUGCUCUUAAUCAGCUGUCAGGCAUUUGCUUCUCUAACAACUUGCUUUGUUGCAUGUUACUCUCCUUCACCACAAAAGAUCUGAAGUUUAAUUAACAGCUCAUGGUUCCUCAUGAUUCUAGUGACCAAUGAAAAAUAUAUUGACACAUUUCCUCUGAGAUCUGUAAGCGACUCAGAAACCUCUGCUCUACCAUUUAUGUUGAUCAGUUUAUACAAUAAAGAUUAUUACCAUUGAUUGUAGCACUUUCCAGCUGUCAGGGGACCUGUGCUGGUGGCAAAUUAUGAAGUGUAGAUAGUUUAUUUAAAAGUGGAUUGCUCUGAGAGGGCCUUGGCAUUUUUCUGUCAUGAUGAUGGUUAAGAGGCCUUAGCUAAGUUGUGUGCAAUAAUCAUUGUCGGUUUUUGAGGGUGCAUAUUGAUUGGCUCAAAUAGCUCUCGAUGUGUCCUUAACUAAAACUUUUCUUUUUUUUUUGACCUCUUAUAACAUGUCUGUGCGAUCUCCUGAAGAACUAGAUAUUAAUGUGUGCUCAUUCUAAAUCUUACAUUUUUGAAGAAGAAUCACACAAUUUUAGGGUUUUUAGGUGUUACCUUGGUCAUACUGUCUUUCUGCGGAUGAUGUUAACAGUUUGAAAUGUGUUUUUUAUUGCGUUACCUUUUUGGUUUUCUAUGAAAAUGCCACCAAUGGCAGUGUUACUCAUUCUGUUAAUUCCCCUGUUUUUCACAUACAAGACUAAAAAUAUCUCUGCAAGUGGAAGUUUUUCAUCCGUGGAUUGACAUGUGGCAGUUUUAAUUUCAUCGCUAAGUGGAUGUAGUUUUUGGAGUGUUUCACAUAUCCUAGCAGAAUCCCAAAGGAGAAACUGAAAGCUUAUUCUUCUACAAAAUCAUUUGUAUACGACUACUGUCCUAUAUGUGUAGUGUGGGCUUUAUGUGUCAAGGUGCUGGUCUCUGAGGGUGAAAAAUCUGUACAUAAAAAAGUGC